AUGGACGAGGAUGAAGAAGAGAGGCAGCGAUGGUGGCUGUCAGUCAUGCAGGGCGCCGUGGAGCCGCACUGGCAGACGGAUGACAGCUCAAGCAUCCUGGAGCGGGGCAGGGCUGCAGCCCGCCGUGGUGGCGGAUCGCCAGCGACACCGUCGCCCAGGAUGAAAGCGCGUGUGGCCGAGCUGGAGGCGAAGUUCGCAGAGCUGGAGGCGAGCCGCUACGAGCCCCCGGAACUCGAGGAGCUGCAGGUGCUUUGCAGCACGCUGGAAUCUCAGAAGCGAUCGCUGGAACAGGAGGUGGCGGCCCUGCGUGCGCAACCCGUGGGAGCCUCCCAUGUCGCAGAGGACUUGGAGCGACAGAACGCGCAGCUGGCGGGGGAGCUGUCACAGAGCAAGGAGAAGAGUGAGCAGGCACAAGCGGUGAUUCGGGACCUGCAGGAACAGCUGAGUUACUUGAUGGAGGAGCUGGAAUCCGAGAAGGUGGCCCAUGCAAACCUGGAUGCCACCGACUUCCAGGAUGCAGCGCAUCAGGUCAACGACUUGGAGCACAGCGCACGCCUUGCUGAUGAGCUGUCGAAGUCCAGAGCCGAAUGCCUCAAUUUGCAGGAGCAGCUGAGCCGCCUGCAAGAUGAGCAUGCAGAAAUCACGGAGCACAUGGCAGCAGGGGAGGUAGUUCAUGCUGCCCUGGACCUCACGGACUCGUCACCAGGGGCUGCUCAAAAGAAGGUUGACGAUUUGGAGCAGAAGAGCACUUGGCUUGCCGACGAGCUGUCACAGUCGAAAGCAGCGUACCACACAGCGCUGGAACAGCACAAGCACGAUCAAGCGAUGAUUCAAGGCUUGGAAGAACAGCUGAACAGCCUGCGAGAUCAACACGAGCAAGUCACGCAGAACUUGUCAUCAGAGAAGGAGGGCAGCGCGCGGCUCGCUGACCAGCUGUCGAAGUCGAAAGCCGAGUUUCUCGAAUCACUGGAAGGGCGGGUGUACGACCAAGCCGCAAUCCAAGAGCUGUCUGAGCAGCUGACCGCCCUGCAAGAGGAGCAUGCUCUGUCUCAAAACCAAUCAGACAAGGUCAACGAUUUAGAGCAGAAAAGCGCCCAGCUUGCUGAUGAGCUGUCAAAGUCCAAAGCCGACUGCCUCAAUUUGCAGGAGCAGCUAAGCCGCCUGCAAGAUGAGCAUGCAGAAAUCAGUGAGAACAUGGUUUCCGAGAAGGUGGUUCAUGUCGUGGACCUCACGGACUCGUCAGAGGCUGCUCAAAAGAAGGUUGACGAUUUGGAGCAGAAGAGCACUUGGCUUGCCGACGAGCUGUCGAAGUCGAAAGCAGCAUACCACACAGCGCUUGAACAGCGCAAGCACGAUCAAGCGAUGAUCCAAGACUUGCAAGAAGAGCUGAGCAGCUUAAAAUCUGGCACUCAAGUGGAGGAGGCGCCCGACAAGGCACGCAUCGAGGAGCUGCUGUCGGAGAAUCGAAAGCUGAGACCUGGCCGUCCAGGAGGGCCUGGCGCAGAGCCUGGCACAGAAGGCCUUGCGCCACGCCGAGGAUGA